GUAUUUCAGUCUUCGAAAACAGCAUAGGCUUUGAAAGCCUCCAGCUUUUACCCUCUGGCGCUCACAACUCUGACCGACCAUCAAUACUUUUUCGAUUCUUCUUAGAAGAUUCGAGUUCCCUAUAUUUUCUCUCACUUUCUUUUCGUUUCGUCUUGGUUCGUCUUUUAGGGUUUUGGUUCGAAUAAUUUCUCCACCUCGGUGAUAUUUGAACUUUGGAUUCUGCAAGGAAGAUGGAAGAUUGGGAGGAUGAUGUAAUUCCACCUCUUCCUAAAAAGGAUCUGCCUAAAAGUGCAUGGGAUGAGGAAGAUGUAGAAGAGAAUGAUGUAAAAGAUUCAUGGGAGGAUGAAGAUGAACUUGCUCCGGCACCUGCACCAGCUCCUCCUGCUGAAAAGGUCUCCAAAAAAGCUGACAAAAAACCUAGUGAGAAAAAGAAAAAUGUAGCUGAAGAAGCAAAGGAAGUGCCAUUGGAUCCUGUAGCGGAGAAGCUUCGCCAACAAAGACUUGUGGAAGAAGCUGAUUAUCAGUCAACCACAGAACUGUUUUCAAAGAAAGGUGAUGAGAAGACCCUUGACAAUUUUAUUCCUAAAUCUGAAAGUGAUUUCUUGGAGUAUGCUGAGCUCAUUUCACAUAAACUGCGCCCCUAUGAGAAAAGCUUCCAUUACAUAGGAUUACUAAAGGCAGUAAUGAGGCUGUCAAUGACAUCUCUAAAAGCUGCUGAUGCAAAAGAGAUCUCCUCUUCAGUCUCAGCAAUCGCGAAUGAGAAGCUCAAAGCCGAGAAAGAAGCCAAUGCUGGCAAAAAGAAAACAGGUGUGAAGAAGAAACAGCUUCUGGUUGAUAGACCGGACGAUGACCUUGUUGUCACUGCUUAUGAUGCAGUCGAUGAUUAUGAUUUCAUGUGAGCAUGUACAAGACCCUCAC